AUGGCGCUCAAUGAAACUGAAGUGCAGCGUCAGAUUAAACAUAUGAUGGCUUUCAUAGACCAGGAGGCCCGUGAGAAAGUGGAGGAGAUCGAUGCGAAAGCCGAAGAGGAGUUUCAGAUAGAAAAGUCACGCUUGGUUCAGAACCAAAGGCUGAAAAUCAUGGAGUAUUAUGCUAGGAAGGAGAAGCAGAUAGAACUGACUAAGAAAAUUCAAGAUUCCAAUCUCAAACACCAAUCAAGACUCAAGGUUCUUCAGAGCAGAGAAAACCACAUCGAGACGUUACUGAACGAAGCAAAAGAUCGCCUCGCCCAGUUAUCAAGAGAUCGACAGCGUUAUCAGGCAUGUCUCACGGGACUCAUCACCCAGGUUGGUUAUCCAUCUAGCCAUAUUCUUGUCUUAGUCUCUCCGAUGAGAAGUGAUAGGACUUAA